AAACCACAGGCACGACGGGUCAAUGCCAAGCGACAGCUUUUUUUUGGUCCAGUGUUUGUGGAAAAACGGGAAAAGGAUUACACUGAAAGCCCUUUAUUCACGUCCGAAAUGUAUAUUUCUUUCACUUUGUUGCCUUGUUGGUGGCCAAAUUGUUCAUGCAAAUUAUGAGAAAAGGCUCAGAAACGGGGGACGUACACUUUAGUUACAGCAAACAGCGAUGUAGUGGCCAGCCGUCCACGAAUAAAGGAUUACCAAGCCACAAAACACAGACCUUGAACCCUUUCGGACGAACAAAGAAAAGUGGGUAAGGACGAGAGAGACUCGCUGUAGUAUAGCAAUAGGAACAGAACUGAACCGUUCCGCCGUGAGCCACCUGUUAGGACAACCAGUGAACAACAUGCGAAUUAAAGAUGAGGAAUUAGGUUAAACUGCAGAACCCAGUUUCGAAGAACAGCCCGGCCGUCUUUAAAGGGCGACUAUGGAGAAGACGCCAGGUCAGAAGGAUGCGAUUGAAUCAGAAUCUGCCCACUGUUGUGUUGAGGAUCCCCCAGUCGAACGCAAGUCUGGUGAAGACCUUCUGGAGGCAUGUAAAGAGGAGAUUGUGAGCAGCCAGGAGUGCAAUGAAUCAGGGAGCAGUAGUGACACUCGGGUUGCCAAUAUGGUCGACUCUGAAGUCAAAGAUACAGGAAGGUCUCGAUUGUCGCCACCAAUUGGAAAAUGUGAGAGGGACCAGGACCACGUCUCUGGGCUGUCAUGCCCUCACUGCAGAGCCCAUUUUUCCCAAGAGAGGGACCUCGCCAAGCACAUGAAAAAGACCCACCUGGAGGAAAUCGUCAAGAUCCUUAAAACGCGCUCCGUGAACAUCCAGAGCCUCACGGUGCACCGAAGCAUGGGGGGUCCGCUCUCAGCUGCUCAGGUGCUCGAGGGUUCAGGGGAGGGCGGGGACAGGGCUGCACCCGACUCGUGUUGCUUGGACCACUUGAAUGACAACGGUUUCCGCAGAAAUGAGAUCGUACCCCAAAUGCUGGAGCACAAUGACCUAAUGGCGAAAACACAAAGGGCAGACAUGUACAGCUGUAGCACUCGUCAAAAAGUCCAGAACAGGAUGGGAGACAGGGGAGAGGAUGGCAUCCCAGGAGUGGAAAACGGCUACGACUGUGCCUGCUUCCAGGACCAGGAUCCGGAGUUUGCCAGUAGCAGGCAGAACCUCUACGCCUUCGGGCACGGGCACUCGGACUCCUUCCCCCCGCUGGGAUCGCCCCUGCGACACCUCCUCACCCCGUUCCACUGCAGCGAGUGCGGGAAGUUCUUCAAGGGCUCGGGCACCUUGAAGAGGCACCAGCGUAUCCACACGGGGGAGUCUCCCUUCCACUGCGGCCAGUGCGGGAAGAACUUUAAGGACUCGGGCGCCCUGAAACGCCACCAGCGGAUCCACACGGGUGAACUACCGUACCAUUGCACCCAGUGCGAGAAGAAGUUCCGGCAGCUGGGGCACCUGAAGGAGCACCAGCGCAUCCACACGGGCGAGACGCCUUUUCACUGCCCGCAGUGCCGCAAGAGCUUCAGCCAGCUUGGCAACCUGAAGACCCACCAGAGGAUCCACACGGGAGAGACCCCGUACCGCUGCGACGACUGUGGCAAGAGCUUCCGGCAGAUCCGGCAGCUGCGCACGCACCAGCAAAUCCACACGGGCCACACCCCCUUCCGCUGCUCGGAGUGCGGGAAGGCCUUCAAGUGGAUGUGCUCGUUGAAGGAGCAUCGGCGCAUCCACACUGGGGAGUGCCCCUUCGAGUGCCAGGACUGCGGGAAGCGCUUCAAGGGAGCGGGCACCCUCAAGAAGCACCGGCGCAUCCACACGGGAGAGACGCCGUACCACUGCGGGCAGUGCGGCAAGGGCUUCAAGGAGUCGGGAGCCCUGCGGAGGCACCAGCGCAUCCACAGCGGGGAGACCCCUUACCACUGCGGCUUCUGCAGCAAGAAGUUCAGCCGCGUGGACCACCUCAAGGAUCACCAGCGGGUCCACAGCUCGGACAGCUGAGCCCCGUGUUUUCUUGUGCUGGUCAGAGGAGGGACGCAGGCAGGAGGGCUUGAGCAGCUGGCAAGAGCUCGUCGCAGGAAGCUAAUCCAAGGACUUGGCGUGGUGGAAGGGACCACCACCAGGGAAGUAGAUGGCAACAAUAUGAGCAAGUGGAAAUUGGAGUUAGAAAAUGCUCCGGUUGGUAUUUUGGGUUUGUUUUUUGGGGAAUGAGAUGCAUCACCUAAAAAAUAGUGGUGUAGAACUGUACCAUAAGCGAUAGAAUCCCCAUGCAAGACUCAACAAUGCAAAUGGUGAAAUGAUUUUUUUCAAGAGAAGUAGUUACAGCAUUUUAGGGUUGGAAAAUGGACCUGUGUUGAGAGGCAGGAUCUGAGGUUCUGUUGCCAGCCUGAUCAUUUUGUAUUUUUAACAGAUCUGGAUCAUACUGGAAAGUGCAACGGUAAUGUCUCAUGCUCACAUACAGUAUCUUUGCACAUCUAGUUAGAAAAAGGCUGACAUGUAUCAUUGAGUGGUAUCUGUUUAAUAAGGCCAGUCUGAAAACACUCAUGGCUGCUGCACACAUGAUCUGUAUCACGUUGAAAUACAGUAGAUCGCUAGCUGGGGUAGCUUGGUUAGAAGGUCACGAGCCAUGCUGAGAUUCUUGAAACAGGUGGAACUGAAGUCACCAACCUAUCUCCAUUUCAGAAAGGGCUGAGUUCUCUUCAAGACCCGUGAGCUAAACAAUCCUGAGUUUAGCCUCAGUAUCAAAAGAUCAAAAGAUAAAAUCAAAAGAGUAAGAUUUAGGUAGUAAAUGGCAUGGAAUAUCCACCCUCACUCAGAUGUGCUGUCUGAAAUGUAACCAAUCAGACCUCUGCAGAAGAGAAAAACACUCACUGUGGGUGUGUCUGAUAGGGUGUCACUCCUACAGUGGACAUGUCUGAUACAGUGUCACUCUCAAUAUGGGAGUGUCUAACAUACUGUCACUCACACUAUGGGCAUGAGUGAUCCACUGCCAGCCCCACCAAUUUCUGUUCUUCAUGAACAGUCUAAACAAGCAAGCACAUAAACUAAGUCCUUAAUCGGCAGCAGAGAUGUAGAGCUCAGCUGAAGGGAAACCAGGAGAUGCAGUGUUCUUCCGGGUGCAGAGUUGUGAACCAACAAGCCCUGUUUGUACUGAAACAAAAAGUGUGUAUG